GGCCCAGACAGGCUACGUCAUGCUUUUAGGGCGUGGACCUAGUUAGCGAGAUUGGCGCUAACUAGCAGAAAAAGACCGACCUGAUUCCGAUGCACAGCUAGCUAUACUAACAAUCCUGGUUGUGAUAAUAUUGCCACUGUAUCCAAAUUAACAGGUUUAAGAGAAUACCAACCAUGUCUGAUGGAGAGGGUUACGUGGUGCGUAUGAGAGGUCUACCAUGGUCCUGCUCUGUGGAUGAAAUACAGAGGUUCUUCUCAGAUUGUAAAAUCGCCAACAAUGGCACCAGCAUCCAUUUUACCUCCACACGUGAGGGCAGACCCAGCGGAGAGGCCUUCGUGGAGCUGGAGAACGAGGAUGACCUGAAGAUCGCUGUGAAGAAGGACAGAGAAACCAUGGGCCACAGAUAUGUGGAAGUGUUUAAAUCCAACAAUGUGGAGAUGGACUGGGUGAUGAAACAUUCUGGUUCAAGCAGCCCAGAGACGACUGGAGACGGCCUGGUCAGGCUCCGAGGCCUCCCCUUCGGCUGCAGCAAGGAGGAGAUCGUCCAGUUCCUCUCAGGGUUGGAAAUCGUGCCAAAUGGGAUAACAUUGCCGCUGGACUUCCAGGGGAGGAGUACGGGGGAGGCCUUCGUGCAGUUUGCUUCACAGGAUAUAGCUGAAAAGGCUCUAAAGAAACACAAGGAAAGAAUAGGGCACAGGUACAUUGAGAUCUUCAAGAGCAGCCGUGCCGAGGUGAGGACCCACUACGAACCCCAGAGGAAACCUAUGGGGAUGCAGAGACCGGGGCCCUAUGACAGACCGUCUGGGGGCCGUGGGUACAACAUGAUGGGGGGCCGAGGAGGGGGCUCUUACGACAGGGCCAGACGCGGAGGCUAUGGUGGAGGUGUGUCUGAUGGGCGGUAUGGUGACAGUAGCUCCUCCUUCCAGAGCACCACGGGUCACUGUGUUCACAUGAGGGGUCUGCCCUACAGAGCCACAGAGACUGACAUCUACAAUUUCUUCUCUCCUCUGAACCCAGUGAGAGUGCAUGUAGAGAUCGGGCCAGACGGCAGAGUGACAGGAGAGGCUGACGUGGAGUUUGCUACACACGAGGAUGCUGUGACAGCUAUGUCAAAGGACAAAGCCAACAUGCAGCACCGCUAUGUGGAGCUGUUCCUCAACUCUACAGCAGGAGGCAGUAAUGGCUCGUACGGCAGUCCGAUGCAGGGGGGUAUGGGGAACCAGUCCUCCUAUAGCAGUGGAGGGCUGAGCUCUGGAUACUCUGGAGGCUACAGCAGCCAGGGCAGCAUGGGAGGUUACAGUGACUAUAGUAACCAGGGCGGUAUGAGCAGCAGUUACUACAGCGGCGGUGGACGAGGAGACAGGAGUUCCAAUGGCCUGGGGGCAGGAUGGGGGAUGUAGUUCUUUAACCAAGCAUGCAUUCUGCUGGAAGGACUGGAAUUGUAGUUCUCACCUGGAUGUUUUGUUUUAGACUGAUCGUAUUAAUGAUUGAGGUCCCUUUGACUUUUUGUUUUCACCUGCUCCUACUAUUGUUAUUGACAUGACUGCAGCAAUGCAAACUAUGACCGUGGUCGGAAUGCUUGUUUCAUCAUCGUUACCUGGAAGAUUCAAAUAACCAACUGUGACCCAGAGUAGUUCACUGUGAAGGGUUGCGGUAAACUAGUCAAUUCAGAAAGUAAACCACAUUUUUGUAAUUGAAAAGCAAUUGGCCCCAUCCCUGAGUGGAUGAACCAACACUUCUGUAAAUAGUCUUCUAGAUGUUCUCUUUUCUCCAGUAGGUGCAAACAUUUCUGGACUCUCUGUCGAAGUAGUGUGACGUUAACAUGGAACUAAGAGCAUGUUUGUUUUAUAAUGAAGAUUGUUAUGGGGAAUUCUCCAUGCCGGAUGGAUACUUAUUUAGCAAACUAAGUUUCUGUUUAUAAAGGUUUCUUUCUACUGCCUAUGUGGAAUUUUCUCUUCGUAUUUCUUGUAAGGUGGACAAGAGUAAAUACAAUUUUAAGAUCGAUAAA